UUCAUGCGUGAUUCAGACUUACGUGGUUCUGAAACGUGCCGGUGGGGUGGACACAAUAGUAACGCCUGGGGAUGCUGCGUCCCAACAUGCGACCGUUAGAUGUGAAUUAUUAUUACUGCUGCUGUUAUUAAUGACGCUGGGCAUAUUGCAAUGGUUUAUACUAGAAUGAAGGAGAAAGCCGUGGAUCUUUAACUCUGAACACUGGACCUGGGUUUCUGUUCACAGCAAUGCAACAAAAUACAGUUAUUAAUAAUAAUAUCAACAUAUAAACGCGGCUGUCUGAGACGGAUACUUUACAUUUGCAACGAAAAUAUUAAGAAAUAAAUAAGAAGAACUGUGUUUUAAAAAAUAGACAUAUAUAUUGAUGUCGGAGUGAAAUUGUGUCUCCACUCUGGGCGACGGAUGAACACGAACCAAACAAAACGGUCACGCCGUCGCUGCUUGGAAAAAAAACGUGAUUUUAAUGUUUCAUUUGAACACUUAGUGCCAGAGAGUUGAGUAUAAGAUGUCGCGGACUGGCUGUUGUGAAACGUUUGACAUCCAUCAUGACAUUUUCUGAUUGCUAAAUGGAAACACCUUAUUACAGAAUUACGACUGGAUUUUUUUUAAAUACAAUGUUUGUAUCAGUAACACAUUUUAUGCUUCAUCAUAUUAUAAUGGAAUGCCAUUAUGUACACUCUUUUGUGCAAUCUGGUUUCAUUAUUUGAUUUGACAUUCCUAAUUAUUAUUAUUUUACAUAACAGAAACCCAGUUUGGGAGUCGAGCCGGCAGUGCGUCGGUGUAUCGGGACACGUUGCAUAUGAGUUGUUGCUGCCGCAGUGUAAGCAUGCCUGCGUCUGGGUCUGGCGCCUGUGCUGUGGAGUUCUGGGUCGAGGGCUCUCGCAGAGACACCGCGCUGGAAGAUUUUUAUACUAAGGGCCCAGAAUUAGGAAGGGGCGCCACUUCUGUGGUUUUCAGAUGUGAAGAAAAACAAACGCAGAAACCGUACGCAGCCAAAAUUCUGAAGAAAACCAUUGACAAGAAGAUAGUCAGGACAGAAAUCGGGGUUCUGCUGCGGCUCUCGCACCCCAAUAUCAUCAGACUGAAGGAAAUCUUUGAGACGGCGACUGAGAUAAGCCUGGUCCUGGAGCUGGUGACCGGGGGAGAGCUGUUUGACAGGAUCGUGCAGCGCGGGUACUACAGUGAGAGGGACGCAGCCCAUGUCAUCAAGCAGAUCCUGGAAGCUGUGGCGUAUUUGCACGAGAAUGGCGUGGUGCAUCGGGACCUGAAGCCAGAGAAUCUGCUCUAUGCCGACCUGUCUCCAGAUGCAUCUUUGAAAAUAGCGGACUUCGGGCUGUCAAAGAUCGUGAAUGAGCAGGGCGCCAUGAAGACUGUGUGUGGGACUCCUGGGUACUGUGCACCAGAAAUCUUGCGUGGGAAUGCUUACGGGCCAGAAGUGGACAUGUGGUCAGUCGGGGUGAUAACAUACAUUCUGCUUUGUGGGUUCGAACCAUUCUUUGACCCGCGGGGGGAUCAGUACAUGUACAGCCGCAUCCUUAGCUGUGAUUACGAGUUUAUAUCCCCCUGGUGGGAUGAAGUGUCCCUCAAUGCCAAGGAUCUGGUGUGUAAGCUCAUCGUUCUGGACCCCCAGAGGAGGCUGUCGGUCCAGCAGGCCCUGCAGCACCCCUGGGUCUCCGGCAAGGCAGCCCGCUUCUCCCACAUGGACACCACGCAGAGGAAGCUGCAGGAGUUCAACGCCCGGCGCAAGCUCAAGGCAGCCAUGAAGGCAGUGGUGGCUACCAGCCGCAUCGGCUUCCACAGCCAUCACGAGGGCUCCCGAGGGAACCGGCAGCCAGAGAGCACAGGCAGACAGACAGACGGACAACCCGCUAAGAAUUCCCCGGGGCACGCCAGCGCACACUGCAGUUCUGAGAGCAAGCUGCUCCCAAUCAAUACCCCCUCAACCCCAGCCCCCCAGCCGCCCCAGGGCAGCCCCAAAACCAGAGAGCCCAACGCACUGCUGGUGCCCCCCACCAGCAUCCCUCGGGCUACCGGCAACGACCCCGAACCUCCCUCCGCCAGCCCAGACCACAGCAAGCACCCACGGCCUUCCGUUGCCCCCAAAACUGCCAUCGUCCGGCCGCGGACCCCCAAAAAGUGCUGUUCUUUGGGAUCCCCAAACAAACUUCCGGCUGUUUCCCCAUCUCCUCCCAGUCCAAAAAACAUCAGCAAUGGAUUUGUGAUGGAGUCCCACAACAAGAAGGCCCACUGCAAAUAGCGGCCUGCCAAAGAUAUGCCCUGGAUGAUGGGGUGGUGCCAUUCCUAUGAUCCAGAACACUGGUCUGCAUUCACUAAGCGUUGUACCUUGUUAAACCCACACGGUCUGACCACUUUAGUAGACCCUGCACCGAAUAUCAAGUUGGAGCACCGUUUACAACCCUGAUUAAAAACUUUCUAUGAGUGGCAUAGAUUUCACAAGUGUGCUGGAAGGUGUCUCGAGUGAUCCAUUGAGCCCAGCCUCUGUGACUGUCUGGCCCCUCUCUCCGUCACUGUCUGCGGUUACAGCUCUCUCUCUUGGCGACCCUUUUCCAUUGGUUUUGCUGUUGCUGAUCCACUCUGAUGACUCGUGGAGCAGCCGAACCAAAAGGACUGUCUUUGCUAGUGUGGCAUCUGCUCCGUGUGCACCCACUAUCCUCUUUCAAAUGCUGUUAGAUGCUUUUCCCAUUUCUGGAAGACUGUUUGCAAUUGCGUUUCUCCCACAGCUUUGUAGUGCUGCAGGAAACACACGAGCAGAGCUUUGAGACAGUCCAUUUAAAUUAAUAAAAUGACCUUCUUCCCCCUCUGACUGCUUUGAAAUGGACUAGCUCAGGCUUCAUGGCUGGGUAAAGUUUUGUUAAGCAGCGUAAAUAGCAGAGUAUGUUCAUUAUCAAGUUACAGGAAAUGGAUUCUCUCUAGGAAUGUUACAUUGCUUGCUUGAUCUUCCUUUUACAAAAUAAAUGCUGCAAAUGUUUUUAAUAUUUUGUGAAAGGAAAAAAAAGUUGACAAUUAGCCCAAGGCACUAAACUUUUAUUUAAAGAUUAUUAUUAUAUUUUCUUUUUUAAACAAGCUUUCCCUUAUGCCAAUGUCAUUUUGCACAGUAAUGUUGUAUUUGUCCUUUGAGUUUCCAAUGGUUAGACUAUACGUGUACCAUAGUUUACUAUGGUUUGAUUAUUUCAAGAACAUUUGGUAUGAAACAACUUUGGUGGACUCGAGAAUGUUUCUCACUAACUCUGUAUAUGACCAGAUUGCUUUUAUUUUCCCAAGAACGCUAUGUAUUGUUCUGUCACCUUUACCAUCUGCACAUUAGGAGGGUAAGAGAGUGCUGUUCACUGUGGCUGAGCUCCCAUUCAUUCUUGAAUGUGUGAGUUUACACUGGGAUGAAUACCAUUGUAUAGAGCAGCUCGCUAUGUGUGCUAAUGAUCAGAGUUACUUCACUAAUGUACUCUUCUAUUAAGAUUCUGCUUCAGUCGUCAUAUCCCUGAGGAUUGUUUAAAACUCAGUGGAGCUCUCAAAAUCAUGUCUAACUUGCAAUUAAAUCAGGUACACUUGCAACAGCCUUUGAAAUUAGGAAAUACAUCAGUAAGGGCAUUGAAUAAGGGCAUCUGCUAAGAAAUAAACAAUAAUAAUAAUAAUAAUAAUAAUAAUAAUAAAAAUAAUAAUAAUAAUAAUAAUAAUAAUAAUAAUAAUAAUAAUAAUAAGUAAGAAAUACAGCAUAAAAGAAAUGUGGUAUUUCAUAAAUCCACUGGGGCCAGAGAACAGGGGCCUGUGUCACAAUAAGCAUUUAGCAGGCUUCUAACUAGCUGGCAUCCUUCUAGCCGUUUCACAGAAUUCUAGGUAUCAGUAACUUUAGAAAGACCUGCUAAAUAUUUAGAAAGCAACUAAUAAACCUCUGUCGGCUUUCCAGAGAGUCUCACAAAGCGAUGUUAAAUGUUCUUUACCUCAAACGGGAGAGUCGAUGAAUCUGAAUAAAUAUCACGUUACACUGAGUGAUCACAAACCAGCAAAUCAUGGCUUUGCUACUAUUUUUAGCCGACAGAAAUUUCGUACAAAACUUUCGGGACACAACAAAUCCGCCAGAUUAAAUAUAAUGACCAUGUAUUGAAACAUUACAGACAGACUCGAAAUGUAAUGCUAGAAUUAUGUGUCUUGAAAAUCCACGGUGUACCAACAGAAAUCCAAGUGCCUUUUAUGCAUCUUGCGAAUUUCAAAGAAAUGUUGGUGACUGACAUGGUAUUAGUAAGAUUAGUAAGGCAACGGCUUCACAAACUGAUGCCCGUGUUUCCUGCAGCCUUGCCAGGAGACCAGUUCUUAGUCUGGUAACACAGAAGAGCUUCCAGACCUGCUAUAUCUUGAUUUAGCACCCUUCUAGCUUCUAAUUGUAGAAGCGCUUUGUGAAACAGGCCCCAGGUUACCAGAUGUAGACAUGGUUCUUUAAAAUAUUACACCGAUACAAAGAGAAUCUAAACAAGAAGGAUAUGCUAGUUAAACCCCCCCCCUGCUAUUCCGGGCCCAUGCAGAUAUGCUAGUUAAACCCCCCCUGCUAUUCCGGGCCCAUGCAGAUAUGCUAGUUAAACCACCCCCUGCUAUUCCGGGCCCAUGCAGAUAUGCUAGUUAAACCCCCCCCCCCUGCUAUUCCGGGCCCAUGCAGACAUGCUAGUUAAACCCCCCCCCCCUGCUAUUCCGGGCCCAUGCAGACAUGCUAGUUAAAACGCUCCUGCUAUUCCGUGCCCAUGCAGAUAUGCUAGUUAAAACGCUCCUGCUAUUCCGGGCCCAUGCAUUGUUGCUCUUUAAGCUGUUUGUCACCUGAGCAUCCUUAUCUGUGAAACGCCGGGGCUUCAGAAAACGUGUUUGACAGGCAGGCUAAUUCAGGUUUCACUGCUUAUGGAAAAAUGACAGACGUUGAAAACACCAGAAGCAAGGAAACUCCGCAAACGCUGUAUUCAUUAUUAUUUUCGAAUCUCCCAUUCUUUCACUAUGAUUUACCUGCACUUUACUGAGCUGUGCUUUUACUAUCAUAUGCCAUAGCUUGGUCCAUUUUGUCCUGCAUAUUCACCACUAUAUAUUUAAUAUACUGUACACAGCAUUGAUAGAUUAUUAGCUAGAUACGUUUGUCUGCUUGAUCCAAGCUUAAUCCUUGUGUCUUUAUCAGCGUGAGUAGGUACAAUUUACUCUACAAUAAAACAGGAUCCGCUUUGUCAGAGCAGACUGUGCUACUAAACCCUUGCAUGCAUCAAGGACUUUACAGGAUGUCCUUGUGUCAUCAAUUAUGCAAAUGAAGAUCAACUGUGAUAUGGUUGUUUUACAGAGUGGUUUAUAGAUGUCACGUUGACCUGUUUUAAAUGUUAGAUGUUUUGGAUAAUGAAGUGUAUUAG